AUGUUGCUGCUCAGUAGAUCCCUGUUCAUUUUAUUUCUUUCGAUCCUGUGGCUGGGCUUCGUCCAGCCAGCGCCCUAUGAGGGGAGUGUGAAGUUUGCUUUAUCAUUGGACAGGCCGUCAGACCUGCCCGAGCUGCAGUAUCGACUCCUGCAGGCUCAACAGGAACAGGAUGAUCUGGAGGUGAUUCGAAUGCAGUUGAUGCAGUUAAAUUUGCUGAAGCUGCUGAUAGCACUUGACGUCUUUAUCCUGAUUUGUGUAUACUUCUAUGGCGAGAACAGAGAAAUCAGCAAGUGA